GGCGUCUUCCUGGCGAGUAUCGAUGAAACGAUUGCCAUAUCCACGUAUAGUGCGAUUGCCUCCCAAUUCCACUUGAUGACGGAAAGCUCGUGGUUGUUAGUCGCAUACAGUUUUGGAUAUUGCAUUUCGUUACCCGUGUACGGCCGUUUGAGUGACGCAUAUGGGUGCAAGAGAGUAAUCAUCAGCGCGUACGGGCUAUUUGCGUUGGGAUGCUUAGCAUGCGGUCUAAGUACAUCCCUGUUCCAGUUGAUUAUGGCAAGAGUCCUGUCUGGGAUCAGUGGAGCGGGGAUGAUCAUCCUAACCGCCAUCAUUCUUAGCGGUACAUUCCAGGAGCUAUUCAUGGGUUCAAUCGUUCUUUGGGCCCCUGCCAAACAUAUCGUGCCACCCGAGGAAUUGGCAUUGUUUAGAGCCUACGAAAAUACAGUGUUUACCAUGGGACGCAGUCUGGGUGCUCCCCUGGGCGGCCUCCUGGUAGACAUCAUUAGCUGGAGGUGGCUCUUUCUCGGCCAGGUGCCAGUGGUUCUGGUGUGUGUCCUGUUCGCGGCCAACCGAUUGCCAUCGUUCAAACCCAAGCCCGAACACCAAGAAAACCACCAACCACGUUCUGGCCUCUGGAGCUUCGAUUUUGCGGGUCUCUUUAGUUUCGCGGCUGCAAUAAUGUCACUAUUAUUUCUUCUCCAGGAUGCCGGUGCACCCGCGAAGAACUCCUCCGGAUGGACACACGUUCCGGCACUUGCAUUUAUUACAUUCGGCGUGGGCUUCCUUCUUAUCGAAGUCUUUUGGGCGUCAAACCCAAUUAUUCCUGUGGAUUUGAUGUUGAAGUCCCUAGGGGCAUAUUGCCUGGUACAGAUUACGCUUCUCAUUGGGCGCUAUUCGCUCAACAGCAGCAUUGUCCCCUACUUUGUCCGAGUCGAAGAUAGCUCAGACUUCUACGGUUCUAUGAUCUAUCUUAUAUCGUCUCUAGGCAUCCCAGUCGGGAGUAUCAUCGGCGGUAAUGUCAUCAAGCGCACCCAUCGCUACAAGACCAUGACAGUCGCUACGGUGAUCGGCUCCGUGAUUUUCUAUCUCGGUGUCUUCAUCCUGUGGCGCGAUGGUUGCCCCCUCUGGGAAACUUCUAUCAUGUUCCCCAUUGGAAUUUCAAUGGGUCUUGUUUUCUCGUCUCAGUUCAUCAGCAUGACAUGCAGCUCGCCAAAGUCGCGCCUGGCGGUCUGCAUCGGCACGUAUUUUGUCUCGCAGCAGCUGGGGAUUCUCUUGGGUCCGGCUAUUGGUCUGGCACUCGUGCAGGCUUUGUUUGGGGCAAGUCUAGGAAGGGACUUGCCGGGCAGUGGAGAUCAGGCAGUGCUCAUUUCGAAUAUCCUGGACGACGUAAAGUACGCUCGGUCCCUUCCCCGGGCACUUCAAGAGAUAGUUCGCUCCAGCUAUCUAUUUGGGUUCCAGUUCCUUCCUUGUGAGUUUCUCUUACUGUGGUAG